AUGCGAUCUCAGCAGCGAUCAAAUCAAGGCAGCAUAACAAAAAUGGAAGGAACAAGGGAAGACAGUAGUGAUAUGAUGCCAAAGUCAUUCCUGGGUAAAGAACCAGGAAAAGGUGGAUCUGUUGCUGGAGAAAACCAUUGGUGCUAUCAUUGCGUGUCACCGCUCAAGCACAUAUCGAGUGAUAUGAGGAAAACGAUUCGGCAGUUCUUGCACUUACGGCGAACGUCAUAUCCUCAAGAAGUGGCAACAGAUGAGUGCAACAACGCGAAGAACUUCUCCCGCCUGUACAAACAGACCUGCAGGCAUCCAUAUUGCUCUACGAUCUCCCUCGUGGAUCACAAUCAAGGUGUCUCCUUCGUCAUGCGAGGUUGCGCAGAAAACUUUGGUGCCAUAGACUCAAACUUCCUUGCCAAGCACGGAGAUCGUAGUUGCACUACGCUUCACGAUCAUCUUGACAUGAAGGAAUGUCUCUGCUCAGAACAAAGAUACUGCCAUUCCGGUCAUUCGCGACGACGAGCGUCGUCGUUUACUGGAUCUUCUACUUUUUCUUUAGCCCUGCUUGUUGCACUGUACAUAGCAUGUUAG